CCCAGACGGCAGGUGCGACCAGACGACAGUGUGCGAGACGAGCAGGCGGCUGGCAGGAGACGUUCACGGGGAGGAUCUACUGAUUGUAUCCGGCAGUGUCAUGGUGAAGGCGUACAUAUCCGGUGUUGCCGGUCGGUUCCCCAAAUCCAAUAAUGUCCAGGAGUUCUGGCAGAACCUGGUUGACGGAGUGGAUAUGCUGGGACCUACACGCUGGCCUCCAGGACUACAUGGGCUGCCCCCUCGAUCAGGCAGCAUUCCAGACCUAGGGACUUUCGAUGCGGAAUUCUUUGGCUAUUCAGAACCUGAGGCCCGGCACUGCAACCUGCUGCUACGACUUCUGUUGGAGGUGACGUUUGAGAGUGUUGUGGACUCCGGGCUGACCCUGUCCUCGCUGCGAGCAGACAAGACGGGAUUGUACCUCGCUUGUACCUUCUCAGAUGCGGAUGUCAUCACCAACUCGGCUGCGACAGACAGUGAACAUAUCAACCUACGGUCGACUCUGGUGCAACAGUUGAACACUUGGUACAGGUUCCAGGGACCAGUGAUGACCGUGGACACUGCGUGUAGCUCCUCGGUCAGCGCGCUGCAGAUGGCUGUCACAGAUCUCAUCACAGGCAGAUGUAACUAUGCUGUUGUUACAGGCGUCAAUUUGAUAUUGAGUCCGAAUUGUUCGCAGUCUUUCAACAGAUUAGGCAUGCUCAGCCCCACCGGAGAAAGCCAUGUGUUCGACAUUAGCGCUAACGGCUACGUGAGAUCAGAUGGAGUAGCAGUUGUCAUCUUGGCGAGAAAUCCGGAAAGAUGUGAAAGGAUCUACGCAACUAUCGCAGACAUCGCCGUCAACAGUGAUGGAUACAAAGAGGAAGGAAUAGUGUACCCUAGCCGGUCGUCACAGAGCAAUCUCCUCAGGUCCUUGUAUGGCGAGAAGUUGAUACCUACAUCAAGUCUAGCCUACGUCGAGGCCCACGGUACCGGCACACAGGCUGGUGAUCGCCUGGAGUUGAACGCCAUCAUGGAUGCAUUGUGUGACGGCAGAGACGAACCCCUCUUGGUUGGGUCGGUGAAAAGCAACAUGGGACAUUGCGAGGCAGCGUCAGGUUUAUCGGCUGUGGUCAAGUGUAUACUGUCAAUCUACCAUGGCAUGGUCCCUGCCUGUCUACACUACAAGACUCCGAAUUUGGGUAUUAUAGGCAUACCGCUGGGCAAAAUAAAGGUGGUGGAUACAUGUCAUAAACUGAAAGGUAGGAUAAGUAUCAUGGGAAUCAACUCGUUUGGCUUUGGAGGGGUGAAUGGCCAUCUUAUCCUGAUGUCCUACAAGAACCCACCAUACGAACCCAAAAGGAAUGGUACGUAUCUAGUCCCCAUCACCGUCCGGAAUGAAGAAGGCGUUGCAAGGAUACAGACGUUCCUUGAGAAGCACUCGGAAAAUAUUGCGCUGAUGCGGCUGAUAAGCAGAUCCAUGUUGUCGUGCGACCCUCGUCAACAAAUCCGGGGUUACGCAACUGUGAAUCUGCCAGAGAUAGUAUGUAGACCAUCGGCAACAGUUACAUACACAGUGAAGGUCACCACUGGCAGUGCAUUCGGAGCUGGAACUGAUGCGAAUAUUUUCAUCGAUCUCCAAGGAGACUUACAGAAGUCAGGAAAGAUUGACUUGAAGAAAAGUUUAACGCAAAAAAACAAGUUCGAACGUGGAAAAACGGACGAGUUCCUUCUCAAGACAAAGGACGUUGGACACUUGCAGAGAAUUGUGAUCGGCCAUGAUAACAAAGGUCACGCCGCCUCCUGGUUCCUGGGUCACGUGACCGUCCACUCGUCAUCUCUGGACUUCACAUGGACAUUACCUUGUGGACGAUGGUUAGCCAAAGAUGAAGAUGAUGGACGUAUUGUAAGGGAGUUGCUACCCCUUGAUAAAUGCCCUUUCAGUCAAGAGCCUUGUGUGUCCGUCCACUGGUCGCCACGUAACUAUCACCGCCAACCCCUGUGGCUGCUGGUCCAGGAUAUAGCAUGGUGUACCAACAUGCCCCACGCGGACCUGCUGCAGAUAGACGUCUUCAAGCGAUCCUUACAGGAAUCCGACAAGAUUCUUCGCAGUAUGGAAAUUGAAUUAUCUGUCACGGAGAGCUUGGAAAAGGGAGCAGCAUUUAAACCAGCCAACAAAGUCGGUCUUGUUUGUCUGACAGCUGUUAACAUCGGUUUGGUGGAGGUUCUCAAAGACUCCGGUAUACGACCAGAUGGCUACAUUGGAUCAGGACUGUCCGAGAUCACAGUCGCCUAUCUUGACGCUUGCCUCGGUCACAAACAGUGUCUUCAGGUGGCGUUGGCAGUUGGGGAGACUCUAGACUCGCUUUUGUCUCAGGGGACAGGUAACCCUGUCUACUCCAUUAGCCUGCACUCGGACUUCGUGCACAAACUGGGUCCAAAGACCAACAUCCUAGCCUACAUGAACAACACGGUGAUGCUGGCAGCUCUUCCAACACGGGAUAGAAACUACAUCCUCAAACAAGUUGAGCAAGCAGGCGGAGUAUAUUCUGAGCUGACAGAAGACGCUACGCUCUAUACACGGUUACCGGGGCAAAUCAGUAGCAUUCUAGAGAAGAAAUUAAGAUCAAUCAUUCCAUCGCCAAAGAAGAGGACCCCUAUGUUCCGGAGCUGCUCACACCCAGAUAGUAACAGUCACAGUGACGCAAGACAGGCGGUUGGUGCUCAGUACUUCUCCUCCCUUCUUCAGCGAGCCGUCAAUCAGCACCAAUGUGUCGGUGGUCUUCCAAAGGAAGCAAGGCUUCUGUCCCUGUGUAUGGCCAAGAACUGUACUCAGACUGAGGUGAACUGUAGUCGCUCUGGUCAGACAGAGAUCCACUGUCAUCCAAAGACACAAUCUGUGCUUCAAACUCUCGGAGAACUACACGAAUUAGGUCACACAAUACAUGUUGGUCACCUGUAUCCCCCCUCAUCCCCUCUGGACUGUUCGACCCCACCACUGAGCCCCUUGGUUACCUGGGACCAUAGCAUAAAUCGGCCUCUGCCAGACUGGUGCCAGUUCUCUGACCGAGUGAAGAAUCGACAGAAGGAUGUGUACCGACUCCCUGAGGCGGACCUGGAACGAAGUUUGUACGACCCCCUGGCUCUUCUGAUCGUCCAUGCGUGGGCAGCAGUGUGUGGCUCUAAAGACAGCCUGCAGUCUACGGUGCUCCAUAGCUUGGUGACAACCCCAGAGUUGAUGAUGCAGGAGUGUUUACACGGAGCGCUCAUACACGUGCACCAGGCCAAGAUGGCUUUCUCCAUACAGGCUGAAGGCGGCGUUGUUAUGACAGGACAGUAUGAACGUCCAGGGAGCGACGUUGACCUUCCUCUAGUUCCUGGCUACGACGUUGAUCAAAAUGAAAAUGUAGCUAAAACACAGGACGAUUGCGAGCAUGAGGUGGAGACGGAGGAGGUUGUGUGGGAGGACAGCUGGCUGGAGUUCAUCAACGCUGUGCUGGAGUUUGUUAAUCCACACACACCCGAUCUCCCAAUCAAGGUGAUGCUCGACCCCCAGAAACACAUAAAGAUCACACACGACUGCGCUAGCGUCCUUGUCAUGAUGGAGGAACAUACAGGUAUCUGCAAGGCGGGUGGAGUGAUACUCCAGUUCCAGCCAACUAUCAAGAGGGGGCUAGACCAGUCUAUUCUUCUCCAGAACCUCAACCUUGGUGACGCUAGUUCCACUUCCGUGGUCGACAGUGUGUUGCUCUACAGCCUACCCAGCAACGUCAGCAGUGAGGACAAACUCCUCCUCUACAUGGGCCACACGGAGGACGAGCCUUCCGAGCAGAUCGGACUUGUGUCCAUUACAAACGCCGGUGUGAAGCACAAGAGUUACAGCGUGCCUGACAACUGGAAGGCGGAGGACCUUGAUGCCGUGGUCCCCUUCAUCCUCGCAUCACACACACUGAAAGAUGUCGCCAGUGUCAAGCCAGAACAGACGGCAGUUCUGCUGCCUCCUCUUGACACCGUCUCAGUGUACAUCAUCGCCAUGCUGACGAUACAAGGCAGUGACGUGUUCACCUGCACCUGGGAUCCUGAGAUGAGCCUCAUGCUACGGAGCGCCUUCCCUCAAGUUAACAUUCUACAUCCGCGGAGUCUCGGACUUCAGCUAAAGCAGCUGACAAAGGGAAGAGGUGUGGACGUAUGCUUUAAGACCGACGGGUCCGACAUGAAUUCAGCAAUGGAUCUCGUGGCCGACCAUGGACGCUGUGUGCUGACAGGUAGGCCCAGCGAAAAGGAUUCUCUAGGUAUGUCCGCCUUCCUGCGUAACAUCACUGUGAUGAGUGUCAGCCCUGCCACCGUCUUCGCUCAGCUGCAGGAUAUGUGCGACAAGGACAUCUUGGCGGCCCUGGAGAGAAUCACCUCUUCAUCAGUCAGAGAUAGAGCAGAUGACGGUUACCCGGAGCAUCGCGGUCUCCGCUACUGUGUUGAGGAACAGAUGAAGUUUUCUCAGCCAAUCAGCUUACAGAAGUUGUUCACACUUUUGGAUGGCCCCGGAUGUAAGAUGAGGGAUGUUUUGGACGGCAUCCCAGAGAACGACGUAGCUUCGGUUGAACGACUUCAACUUACCUUAUCAAUGAAACCACAGGAGUUCUCUAUCACUCAGAAUACGUCCUGCUUGAAUGAUAGCAAGGACCAUCUAAACACCGCCCGCACCUCGUCUUACAUGGAGGCCUCCAAACUGCUGACCCCAUCAUCUGCCACCUGCUCUGGGCUGUUAGCUCCGCCCAACACACGCCGCAACACCGUCAUGUCCGUGGACAUGUCCCAAUACACCUCCGCCUCAACCCCCAUCAUCAGGAUCACUGUUGACUCCCCCGGUGCUGCCUGUCACAGAGAACCCCUGGUCUCGCUUGAUCUGCCGCUGAGCGGAAUUAGGUUGGAGGGGAGUUACAUGGAGGACAAGGUCUUCGCAUCCCCCGCACAUGAAAGAACCAGGAAUGUCCUGUUAAGAAUGCCGACAACGCCCCAGACAAUGGAUUUCCUCUUUGUUGGCGUGCCCAAGACUCCAUUGACACCCCAUUCCCCCUGUGUGAAGAAGCUCCUGACGCCCAGCAAGAUCACGCCUCCACUCCUCAAGCUGAACGAUUGCGUCUCCCAGGCUAAACCCCUCUUUAUUGUCCAUCCCAUCACAGGUACUCUGGUUCUUCUGAGGUCACUGGGGAAGGCACUGAACGUGCCCUGCUAUGGUAUACAGCGUACACCGUCAACGACGACAUCCUCAGUCACAGACAUGGCUGGGUUUUACCGAAAUGCUAUCGAGCUCUACGAUUCCGUGGGACCAUACAGGCUUGCUGGGUAUUCUUAUGGUGGUAUGAUUGCCUUUGAGAUAGCCAGACAGCUGCAGAUAUCCGAUAAAAAGGUUGAAUGUCUUAUUAUUCUGGAUGGAGGACCAGGCUUUGUCCACUCUCACAUAGCCACAGGACGCGAACAACUGGACAGAUCUGAUACGAAGUCAAAUGAUUCGACGGAGAUCGUAGCACUGAUAUCAUUCGUGGAGAUGUACGGGCCCAUCAAGACGCGUCAGUUUCUCACCGGUGCCCUCAUGAAUCUACCUUCCGGCUACCCCCGUGUGAAACUGGCAGUGGACUUCAUCAUGGGCAACAUCGUCCUCAGUGAAAGCCCCACGAAGACAAAAUGGAUGUCUCUUAAACAGCAGAUAUUGAACAAGGACCGAAAGCCAGAAACAAAAAUGGGACUACAUUCCGCUGCCACUGAAGUGAUAAGGCUCUCAAGGGAGAAAAAAGCGGAGGAAUAUAUUAACAGCACCUUCAUAGCAGACAAGUAUAGACCGCAGGAGAAAUUUAUUGGCAAUAUUCACCUCUUAAGAGUGAAGUCUGACCCGGCCCUGUGUGUACCCAUGUCAGCAGAUUACGGACUGGGUCAACUCUGCACCGGAGAGGUCAAUGUCAAGUUUGUGGAUGGUGACCACCAAUCGUUCCUCAAGGCUGAUAAAGUGGAUGAAGUUGUUCAGUUUAUACACAAUGUCCUGUCAGGUGAUGCCCUGUAAUGGCCCUGUCGGAUGAUGCCCAGUGAUAGUGCUGUUGUGUGAUAUCUGGAGAUGCUCGCUGAUAACGAUGUGGAGGCAAGAGUGUGCACUGCGACAAGAUGAAGAUGGGACAAGUGUCGUCAUCUUAGCUGUUGAAUAGGACUUGAAAUAAAGUCAGUGACAUGUGCAACUGUACCUUCACAACGAUCACGAACGACAGGAGUAUAUUAUGAUCUGUGAUACUGCUAUAUUCAUUGUUGAUUUCUAUCUAAACGGUGUUGGUUAUUUAAUAACGGGAAUAAAAACAAUAUACCCUGCAAAAUGGA